AUGAUCCGCUGCUAUGCAGAAGGGAAAUUCGUGCGUGCUCUCCCCCAUCUCAACAUCGGCACCAUUGGCCAUGUCGACCACGGCAAGACCUCCUUGACGGCCGCUAUCACUAAAGUGCUCUCCAAAGGCGGCCACACAAAGUACAAGGAAUACAAAGACAUCGACAAUGCACCGGAAGAACGUGCGCGUGGAAUCACCAUAAAUGCCACACACAUCGAGUAUCAGACCGCAAAUCGCCAUUACGGGCAUGUGGAUUGCCCUGGACAUGCAGACUAUAUCAAGAACAUGAUAUCCGGUGCUUCUCACAUGGACGGCGCCAUUUUGGUCGUUUCUGCCACAGAUGGUGCUAUGCCACAAACAAAAGAGCACUUGCUACUUGCUCGCCAGAUUGGUAUCGAACAUCUGGUCGUCUUUGUCAAUAAGGCGGAUGCCGUCGAUGCCGAGAUGAUCGAGUUGGUGGAGAUGGAAAUUAGAGAUCUUUUGACUGCCAAUAAGUAUGACGGAGAGGCUACACCGAUUAUUGUCGGCUCCGCUCUCUGCGCUUUAGAGAAUCGCUCUCCAGAAAUUGGCGAAUCUUCCAUUAUAGCUCUUGUGAACGCCAUUGAUUCAUUCAUCCCCACUCCAAAACGGGAUCUCGACAAGCCCUUUUUGAUGAGCAUUGAGAACAUCCACUCUAUUUCGGGGCGCGGCACUGUGGCUGCAGGUCUGAUCGAGACAGGCACCAUCACAAAAGGCACCGAUGUCGAAGUUGUCGGAUUUGGCGGCAUCCGAACUACCACUGUUACUGGGAUAGAGACUUUUAGAAAAGAGCUCGAUCGUGGCGAAGCAGGAGACAGCGUUGGCCUGCUUCUCCGAUCGCUCAAAAAGGAAGACAUGUGCAGGGGGCAGGUCAUCGCCGCUCCAAAGACUGCCUUUCCUGUAAAGAAAUUCGAAUGUACCUUCUACUUUCUCUCCACAGAAGAGGGAGGCAGACACACAGCAAUCGUGUCGAAAUAUCGUCCGCAAAUCUUUUUGCGAGCAACCGAUAUCACGGGAGAGUUUACAUUGCCUGAAGGGUUAGAUGUGAUGAUGCCUGGUGACAAGACGCAUAAUCUUGUCAUCUCGCUGAUCUUUGAUGUGGCCCUUAAGCCUGGUGACAAGUUUUCUGUGCGCGAAGGCGGCAAAACCGUGGGCACAGGUGUCGUCACCAAGAUCCUCAGUUAA